GUCCCUCUUGUGAUGAUACCAGCUGUCACAUGUUUUCUUUCAAUCAGAUACAAAAGUAAUUUAGCUGUUUCCAGCGGGGGAAUGCAAUUAGGUACAUUUACUCAAGUACUGUACUUCAGUACACAAUCAAGGUUUCAAGCCUUGUGCUGGCAAUGGGGGACAUGAAGACCCCAGACUUUGAUGAUUUGCUGGCAGCUUUUGACAUUCCUGACAUUGAUGCCAAAGAGGCCAUUCAAUCAAGUCCAGAGGAGGACAGGAAUGAGGUGGGGACUAAUGCAGAUGAGCGAGAGAGCGGGUCUCCUUCAUGCUUUCCCUGCCCUCCUGCCUCGCAUAGUGACCCUCCUGUGGUCAGUGUUAUUGUAAAGAACAUAGUACGGUCUGAGUCUUUUGAAGAGGAGGAGAAGUCUGUCGGGGACAAAACAGACAAUCCCUCAAGCAGUGACUUAAAUUCUCAGGUUCAGGUCAAGGUCGGUAACAUCACCUCACAGCUUGGUCUCAAAAUUCCUGCUGAUGCCUCUGUUGAGCCCCAGGUUGCCAAUGGCUUUGAAGGAUCUGUCCCUAGGGAUCAGGGAGAGUCCAGCACAGAGCCAUGGCCCCCUCGUUCACCAUUGAGGUCCACACUGAACGCUAACGAGGGUGAAAACGAUAAAGGAGCUGAGGUUGGUUCGCUCCAGCACACGACUGAUGUCAUGAACAGUUUGAAACCCCUCCUCCAACUCCAGUCUUCGACUUGUGCUGGUCCCAACUCCUCAACUCCUCUCUCCCUACACUCAGUCAGCCCUCAUCUCUCUACCUACUCCCCUCAGAAGGAGGAAAGGAAUACACCAUCAUCCUCUCCUUUACCACAAAACGGGAGUAUUAAGGCUGGAUUUAAGCAUGUUAUGUUCUCAGAUGAAGAAGACUCAGAACCAGACUUAGGAAGUCCACUGGUGAUCCAGGAGAGCCCAGAAUCUGUAAUGUCCUCCCCUCCCAAAUUUAAAAACAGAGCAAAACUACGGUCUGAGCUGCUUAGGUCUUCUGACACCACUUCCUGUCUCGUUUCUCCUCCUCCUCGGCUGCCUUCUCUGGCACCUGCAAAACCUAAACCCCAACGUGAAGAGGAGGGGCGACGUAAAACCCCCCGUUCUCCCUCAAAAGCUCCUAAACUACAGAGCCUCCCCACUCUCAGCAUGAGCUCUGCAUCAGUCAAAGAGGAGAAAUAUCCAGAGCAUGUGAUUGACGAGAGGGACUCACCUGAAAGCCCACCGCCCAGUGAGACAGGUCUUGUAGUCGCCAAGAAGAGCAGGAGCCCUGAAUCGGCCCAAACCGCAGCGAACCACAAGGACUUCGGUCACCAAGAGGAGCUCAUGGAAAGUGAGCCCAGAGAAGAUGACAGGCCAGGUGACACUGAGGAGCUGAGUGGAAAGGUGGCUAGAGACAAUUUAAACAAGGAGAGCUGUGGUGCUGGUACUGGGCAGCCUGUGUCUGCUCGAGCUGCACAGAAGGUUUCAUCUCCAUUGCGUCCCCUCAAAGUUAAAAUCAAAAUGCCUACAGGCAGCAUCACACGGACUGUGACUGGCGUUGCACCUAAAAGAAGUGGAAGAGCCACUACCAAGGGUGUGAAUAGUACAAAACGGUCUCCAGAACGUCUUAACACAAGAUCCAAGAGGGAGUCGUCACAGCAACCUCAGUUGCCUGCGAUGGCGAUGCUCCAGGAUGCCUGUACUGCAACGCUGGAAAGUGCCCGUAUGGUCAAAGACAAAACCGCAGCAGACACCAAGCCUAAAGUUUCAUUGACGGCUGUUAGCAUCACCAAAUCUUCAGCCCUGCCCACCAUCUCUGUCGGCACUCCCAGAGGCAGCCCGGGUGGGAUCAACCCUCGCAGCCUGGGUCCGAAAACUCUCAGCAGUGGGAUGACUCUUCCUGCACCUUCACCUCUGCUUACGCCUCAAAGCAACAGCAGACCAGCUUCCAUAGUUAACAGCACUGGGGCAAUCAUAUCCAAGACUCAGACCAACCUGGUAGAAGCGUUCAACAAGAUCCUCAACAACAAGAACCUGCUGCCCAGCUAUAAACCAGAUCUGAGCUCGCCUCUUCCUGCUGAGUGGGGCCUUCCUCUACCUGCACAGGGUUACCGCUGUUUGGAGUGCGGCGAUGCCUUUGCCCUGGAGCAGAGUUUGGCGCGGCACUACGAUCGCCGCUCGCUGAGGAUUGAGGUGACCUGCAAUCACUGCGCCAAGCGAUUAGCCUUCUACAACAAGUGCAGCCUGCUUUUCCACGCCAGAGAGCACAAGGAGAAAGGCCUGAUCAUGCAGUGUUCACACCUGGUCAUGAAACCUGUACCUGUGGAGCAGAUGAUUGGCCAGCAGGAACCCAGCGCUACUGGACCGUUACCAUCCAAAGGCCAGGCCCCCCCCAACCCAAAGUCCCAGCCGCAUCAAGCAGUGUUGAAGAAGAAAGCCGAGGCAGUGCAGUACAUCAGUAAUAAAUGUCCCGAGUGCCAGGUUCAGUUUAGCAGCAAAGAAGAGGUGGCCGAGCAUUUCCAAGAAAUCAAAGCAACACAAACCUCUUCAUGCACAGAGUGUUCUCCUCCCAUGCUCCUGCCCAACAGCUGUAGCGCAGCGGCUCAUCAACGCAUCCACCAAGGCUGUCCAGCACACGUCUGUCCAGAAUGUGGGGGCACGGCCAAGCAGCCGCUAUUUCAAACACACCUUGAUGAGACCUGUUUACACUUUGCACGCCGCAUUGGAUACAGAUGUUCCAGCUGCCUGGUGGUGUUUGGAGGACUGAACUCAGUGAAGGCUCACAUCCAACAGGCUCAUUGUGAUAUGUUCCACAAAUGCCCCAGCUGUCCCAUGGCUUUCAAAUCUGCCCCCAGCACACAGAACCACAUCAGUGCUCAACAUCCAACGCUCACUGAAGGACAGACCAUGUCAAUCUAUAAAUGUGUCAUGUGUGACACAGUUUUUACAAACAAGUCCCUGCUGUACAUCCACUUUGACACUCAUUUAACCAACCAGAAGGUGCACGUGUUUAAAUGCCCUGAGUGCACCAAGUUGUUUUCUCAGAGGAAAUCUCUUCUGGACCAUUUCAAGAGCCAUAAGACUCUACCGUUAAAACAAGAGUUGCCUUCACCUCCAGCUGCUUCCUCUCAUCCACGGCCUUCAGUGAAGUUAGACAGCUCAGAUGGAGAGGAAUGGAUGGAUGAAGAGAAAGAAGAGAAAGUGAAGACAGAAAAGAUGAAGACACCCACGGGGUGGAAGUGCGCGCCUUGCCAUGCACGCUACACAGACCGGGAAGACUACAUUACCCAUAUGGCUGUACAACAUAGCAAGAAACUGAAGAAGUUUCCUUGUAACAAGUGUGAGAGCUCCUUCACCACCACCUCCAGUAUGAGACGCCACAUCAGAGACAAACACAAAGUCAUGAGUCGUAGCUUUCGCUGCCAGUUUUGUAGUGAGGGUAAGAAAACCUUCAGCAGCAGAGCGAUGUUGGAGAGGCAUGUCCAGCUAAGACACGGCAAUGACCCAGAAAUCCAAGACGCACUAAUGGGAGGCAGAGAUGAGGCCGACAGUUCCUCAGAACAGGACGGCAGUCCGGCGCCUUGCCGCAGACAGACAGGAGCUGCGAAGAUGGAGCAGGACGAAGAGUCCACCGAUGGAGUGAGUCCAGUGAAGAAGUUGCGGACCUCCUCCUCUGCUCCUGCCCCCUACUCCCUUCCUGAGUCUGGGUUCCGCUGCGCCCCCUGCGGCUUCACCACAGAGGACCAUGCAUCGUUCCUGGAGCAUAUUAGCAAGCACCGGCGAGGAGGGGCGGAGGGCGGCGGCGGUGGCGGUCAGCAGUGUUUACAGUGUGGCGCCUGCUUCACAUCCAUCUCCUCCCUGUCACGCCAUCGCUUCAUCACCCACAAAGUGAAGGAUGUAUCCACUGACCAGCAAUCCCUCAGCGUGCACCCAGCACCUUCCCCUGGUAACAGCAGGAACCACGAUGAUAAGAGCUCGCUGGAUGGUUCUGCACCAGCGUCGCCCUCCUCUCAAUUCUCCAUAGCUCUGGGGAAGGAAGACGAGGGCUCACUGGCCUGCAGGGUGUGCGGCAAACAAUUUGAAAAGGCAACGGAUCUGACUACGCACUUCAGAACUCACGGUAUGGCUUUUAUCAACGCAAGGAACUCUGCAAAAACUCCCUAAGACGGCAAAGACGUGGGGAAGAGCAGUGUCGGUAUGUGAUCGCAAGUGCCUUAUUUACGGUCAUCUGCGCACUUUUGCACUAACCAAAGAACAGUGGUAGGACAGAGGUUGUACUUUGUAUGUGAAUAGAUUGUAAAACAAUCAAAUGUGAUUUUUAACUGGUGGAGAUGAGACGAAACUUCUGACACUCAGGAUCUAAUGCUGCGUUUCUGUGUUCAGCAAUGAUACUAACAAGAUUAGAGGGACUUCCCGGUCAGUGUUGGUCUGACUAGUUCACCGCUGUGACCACGUUAACAUGAUAAUGAGUGUAGAGAACUGUGAUCCUAAUGUGAUUUUAUUAUGAUUUUGGUUGAAUGUUGAUAGACAGCGAUGAAAUGUGUCUCGAUUUCAAUAUUUUUUUAUCCUGUUGAGACGCUUGAAUGGCAACCCGGGUGUUUUUCUGUUAAGUCCUUUUCUUUUGUUUUUACACAUUUUUAGAUAAUCUUGCAGCAGUUUAGAAUAUGUUAACUCACUUACUAUUAAAUGUGUAUACUUCCUUAUUGCCAGCCAUUUUCACAAACAUACUACAACAUGUUAGAUUGACCCCCGUUGGCUUCUAUACAUUUUAGUGUAUAUGAAAACUAAUUUACAGAGAUUUGCUUAAAACAUGUUUAAAUCUUGUUUUAGGAGAUUAUUGCAAACAGAAGAUCAGUAUGUAUGUGUUUAUGACUAUUCCUAAUGAUUUGCUAAGAAGUUGAAACAUGUUGAACCUUGUAUUUUUUAAUUUUUCUUCAGUCUUCUGCACUGUAAAAAAAAAAAAAAAAAGAUUUUGUUUUUGUUUUUUAAGGAACUUUCCCUUUUUUAAUGUUCUGUAGUCAUGGUCUGUUUGCGCUUGUGUUUACUUUCUCAGGAGAUUAUCCGAUGCUUUAACACACAUUGUUGUAUUUAACUUUUUCUGUUUUUGCAUUGACAAGACGAUUUCUAACCGAAUGUUUAUUAAA